GGACUAUGAGGUGACAUUCUAGAAUGGUGGGAAGGGUAGGACAGGAGGCAGAUGACUGUUCCCUCACAAACGGGGGCUUUGGGGCAGCCAUGUCCUACUUCGUGUCUCCACAAACUCAUCAAGGUCUUCUGCCUUCCAGCCAAGGUGGGGCUGCUUCUCCAGGCUCAUCCCUUGGCCUCUACAGUCCUGUAGAGCCAGUGGUGGUGGCCUCUGGUGGACUAGGCCCACUGAGCCAGAAAGCUGAGCAGGUGGCACCUGUUGCCCAGGCCUGGGGCCCAGCCCUGGCAGUGCCGGAAGCCAGGGGCUGCCCUGGGGGGGCUAGCUGGGAGAUACUACAGUGGACUGAGUAUGGCCGAUACAACCACAAAUUCCCCUAUGCAAGGCAGCCAGAGAGCCUGGGCUGGGAGGAUGGCUGCUCCAGAAGCAGAGCUCCCCAGCUGGGUGGCCCCAGCAGGCCUGGGCCCCUGCUGCUGUGUGGGCUGUCACCAGGGGUUCUACCGAUGCCCUCCAAGGCAGGGGGGACGGAGGCCUGCUCCCAGCCUGACAUCUGCAUCCUUACCCUGGCCAUGAUGAUCGCUGGCAUCCCCACCGUGCCUGUCCCAGGCCUGAGGGAAGAGGACCUGAUCCGGGCCGCUCAAGCUUUCAUGAUGGCCCAUCCAGAGCCAGAAGGGGUUAUGGAAGGGGCGCGGUGCGAGCAGACACAUGCCCACACAGCCUCAGGGCAAAUGCCCCUAAUGAGAUCCAGGAGAGGCCAGCCUCCUGGCUCCUGCUUGUAGCUGGAUGAAAUAGCACCAGACACAUA